CUCCCCUCCACCCCCUGCCCAGCCCUGUCCAGCUGAGGAGGUUCCCAGCCUGUGCCUCCUCUCCCUCGGCCGGGCUCUUUGCAGCCCUCUCCCUUCCCCCUGCUUACAGCACUUCCGACAUCAUGGGAUUAUUUUUCUUUUUCCCCUUGUCUUGUAGCUUUUGGCUCCCAAAGCCCUUGAUUUCCUUUGGAGUUUGGGAGGAGAGACGUGGGGAGGAGGAGGGGGGGGAGAGGCUGCCUCUCUUAGGGCCUUCGUCAGAGCCAAGUGGCCAGGAAGAGCCUCAGCCCUUGCACAGCGGCGAGCAGCGAGGCCCCCGACAGGAGCACGGGAUCACAGAGAAGAUGAAGCAGCUCUUCCUCCUCUUCCUCCUCGGGCUCGUCACCAGGUCCUUGCAGAUCGAAGACAACAAGAUCCCCGGGCUGUGCUCAGGGCAGCCGGGCAUCCCGGGCACCCCGGGCCUGCACGGGGGCCAGGGUUUGCCAGGCAGAGACGGGCGAGAUGGCCGGGAUGGAGCCGUGGGGAUGCCAGGGGAGAAGGGCGAGAUGGGCCCUCCUGGAGUGCCCGGGCCCCGCGGGGAGGCGGGCAGCCCCGGCGCGGACGGGCUGCCCGGCCACAAGGGCGCUCAGGGCGAGUGCGCCGUGGCUCCGCGCUCCGCCUUCAGCGCCAAGCGCUCCGAGUCGCGCAGCCCUCCCCUGGCCGACCAGCCCAUCCUCUUCGACGUGGUGCUCAUCAACGAGCAGGGCCACUACGACCCGGCCACGGGCAAGUUCACCUGCGAGGUGCCCGGCCUGUACUACUUCGCCGUGCACGCCACCGUGUACCGCACCAGCCUGCAGUUCGACAUCAUGAAGAACGGCGGCUCCAUCGCCUCCUUCUUCCAGUACUACGGCAACUGGCCCAAGCCCACCUCGCUCUCCGGGGGCACCCUGGUGCGCCUGGAGCCCGAGGAUGAGGUGUGGGUGCAGGUAGGGGUGGGCGACUACAUCGGCUUCUACGCCAGCGUCAAGACGGACAGCACCUUCACCGGCUUCCUCGUCUACUCCUACUGGCAAAACUCCGCCGUGUUCGCCUGAGCCAGCCCUGCGCUGCGGGUGGGGCCGGGCAGGUGCCCCUUCCCAGCCCCUUCCCAGCCCCCAGCGCGGUGGGAGCCGGGGCAGCGCGACCCCCGCCCUGCCCGGGGCACAGAAACCCUCCCUGUGCCAUCGCGGGGGGACGGAGCCCCCCUGGGGCAGAGCUCGCUGUUGUUUCGGGCACCCCCAGGGCAGGGCAAGCCGGGCUGAGUGGCCAGGAGCCCGUCCAGAGGGUCCUGCCCCAUCCCUCCCCUCAAUAAAGGGCUGCUCAGC